AUGGUUUCGAUGUCUGCGCUCCUGGUUCUGACGGUGGUAGUCUUCCUGGUUCAUUUUGGACAAAGCGAUAAGAAAGCCACAGCGCAGUUGGUGCCACUCGAAGCCAAUGCUGACACUCUCGUCUACCUCCAAGUGGCAUGGCGGCACGGAGAUCGCACUCCGGCUACGUCGGUACCAUUCAAUGACGCAUCUGCAUGGGAGGAAGGCCUGGGAGAGUUGACACGAAAGGGAAUAGCCCAGCAGUAUCGCCUUGGAAAGUGGUUGCGAGCUCGCUAUGGCAGAUGGUUUGGCAAUCGUUUCGACCGCAACGAGGUUUUCGUGCGCAGCAGUGAUUAUAACCGAACCAUAAUGUCUGCGCAGGCAAAUAUGGCCGAUUUUCUAGGGCUAUUUCCGCCUCUCAAAAUGCGGAUAUGUGGAAGACAAUUUGCCGUUCAGCCAGUCCCUGUCCAUUCUGUUCCGAGGGCUAUCGACAAGGAACUCUAUGAAGAUAUCAGUUGCCCAACCGCGAACGAAGAGUUCUCGACGUUAUGGCGUUCCGAAGUGGUGAAGCGUAUGAGAUUGAGAACGAGGAUUUCAUUGAGUUUCUCAAAGAAAAGACGAGAAUUCCUAAUUUUGAGUUUCGCAAGCUCUGGAUGUCAGUUAUCAGGAAUAAUGUUAAAGCGGUACCUGAUUCUUUUGCAGCUCCAACAUAGCGACACCCAGAAGUGGCCCUCAUGGGUAAAUGCAUCAGUGUUCGAUCGGAUUCAGAAGCUUUACGAUGCCUCUUCUCGCAUGAAGUACCACACAGAUGUGCUACGUCGGUUACGAGGAGGUAACAUUAUACGC